AUAGAACGGUACACUUAAGUGAAUGUAUAUUCGAACCAUCUGUUUAUAUGUUACAUCAUUCAUCAUUACCCUUGGAAUAGUUGUAAAUAUUUGUUUCGUUUUAUUUAUUUUACCGACACAAUGCUUUGGAGAAGUUAUAAAGCUAUAGUUUAUUUGAAAAGGAGCAAACCUUUAAACUAUGUUUCCUUAUAUCGUCAUGUAUCCAAAGUAACAGUCCACAAACCAGUUGAAAAAAUUCGAAAUAUUGGCAUUUCAGCUCAUAUUGAUUCUGGCAAGACAACACUGACAGAACGACUUUUAUAUUAUACUGGACGCAUUGAUGAAAUGCAUGAGGUUAGAGGUAAAGAUCGAGUUGGAGCAAAAAUGGACUCAAUGGAGUUAGAAAGACAACGAGGAAUCACCAUUCAAUCUGCAGCCACAUAUGUACAGUGGAAUGGUGUGAAUAUAAAUAUCAUUGACACUCCAGGACAUGUUGAUUUUACUGUUGAAGUAGAACGAGCAUUAAGAGUUUUAGAUGGAGCAGUUUUAGUUUUGUGUAGUGUUGGUGGAGUUCAAUCACAGACAAUGACUGUAGUUCGUCAGAUGUCUCGGUACAAUGUUCCAUGUUUAGCUUUUAUCAAUAAAUUAGAUAGAAUGGGUGGUAAUCCAUAUCGAGUGACAGAACAAGUUAGAUCCAAAUUGAAUAUGCCUUGUGCAUUAGUUCAAUUACCAAUAGGAUUAGAAAGCAAUUUUACAGCUGUUGUAGAUAUCAUAAGAAAGAAAGCUAUCUAUUUUGAAGGAGAAUGUGGAGAAAUAAUCAGAGAAGAUGAUCCACCUGCUGACAUGGCAAAUGACAUUGAAAAACACAGGAAAAAAUUAAUUGAAACUCUAGUUGAUGCAGAUGAAACAAUAGCAGAUUUGUAUCUUGCAGAAAAGUCAAUCAGUGUUGAAGAUAUUCAGGAUGCUAUUAGAAGAGCAUGCUUGAAGCGAAAAUUUACUCCUGUUUUUCUUGGCUCGGCAUUAAAAAACAAAGGUGUUCAACCAUUGUUGGAUGCCAUAAAUGCUUAUUUGCCUAAUCCAUCUGAAGUGGAAAAUUAUGCAUUUGAAAAUGAAGACGACAAUGCAAAGAAAAUUCUUAUGGAUCCUGCAAGGAAUGAUUCAAAACCAUUUGUUUGCUUAGCUUUCAAGCUUGAAGCUGGAAGGUUUGGGCAAGUUACUUACUUAAGAAUUUACCAAGGCAAAAUUAAAAGAGGAGAGUAUAUUUAUAAUGCCAGAACUGGAAAACGACAUAAGGCAACUCGUUUAGUUCGAAUGCAUUCUGAUGAAAUGGAAGAUAUUGAAGAAGCAUAUGCUGGGGAUAUAAUUGCAGCUUUUGGCGUUGAUUGUGCCAGUGGUGACUCUUUUGUGACUGACAAAAAUUUAAAGAUAACAAUGGAACCCAUGUAUGUUCCAGAUCCUGUUGUCUCUAUGUCCAUUAAGCCAAAGGAUAAAAAGAGCACUGACAAUUUCUCCAAAGCCAUUAAUCGUUUUACUAAAGAGGAUCCUACUUUUCGAGUGCAUUUUGAUACCGAAAGCAGAGAAACUAUUGUAUCAGGAAUGGGUGAAUUGCAUCUAGAAAUAUAUGCUCAGAGAAUGGAGCGUGAAUAUAAUACACCUGUAAUAUUAGGAAAGCCAAAAGUAGCCUUUAGGGAGAGUCUAAUUGCUGAAUGUGAAUUUGAUUACCUACAUAAGAAACAGAGUGGAGGUGCUGGUCAGUAUGGUGGUGUAAUAGGAAAAAUGAGGCCUUUACCUCCUGAGAAGAAUACUAAAGUAAUAUUCACAGAUGCAACUAUGGGUACAAAUAUUCCAAGACAAUUUAUUCCAGCUAUAGAAAAAGGUUUCCGAAUGAUGUGUGAAAAAGGUACAUUAACUGGGCAUAAAGUUUCUGGUGUUGAAUUUAUACUUAUGGAUGGUUCUCAUCAUAUUGUGGAUUCAAAUGAAAUUGCAUUUAUGUCUGCUGCUUGGGGUGCUGUGAGGCAAGUAUUUGAAUAUGGUCAGUGGCAUAUCUUGGAACCAAUCAUGUUGGUGGAAGUGACAGUCCCCAGUGAAUAUCAAGGUGCAGUCAUUACACAACUCACUAAACGUAGUGGUGUUGUUAUCUCUAUGGGUUCUGAUAGUCUUUGGGCUCAAGUAGUUGCUGAGGUUCCAUUAAAUAAUAUGUUUGGAUACACUUCCGAGUUGAGAUCAAGCACUCAAGGUAGAGGAGAAUUCACAAUGGAAUAUGCAAGAUAUGCACCUGCUGCAACAGAUGUGCAGAAUGAACUCAUAGAGCAAUAUCAACAAUCUCAAGAUCCACAGCAGAAAAAGAAGAAAAAUUAAAAUAAUUUAUGUAUAUUUUGUAAAUAUGUUCAUAAUUAAAAUGAAUUUUUCAGUGAUAA